AUGUCGAACCCCGCUAAGAAGCGCAAACGAGAUGGCGCUGGCGAUUCACCAGGCCGCUUCAAGAGCAUCGACUCGUUCUUCAAGAGUCCCAGAAAACAGGCACAACCAGGCUCUCCUGCGCCCUCAACGCCAUCUCCUACGCGCCAAUUUGUUGCAGAUGAGGAACUUGCCCGCAAACUACAUGCUGAAUGGAAUGAUUGCGCCUCUUCGAAUAUCACAAGCCAUAGGCAUCCGGAAGCAACAUCAGCGUAUCGUGAACAAGGACUACCCACCAUCUCGCCUCCUGAACCCAAGGUACCUUCUACUCAUGGCGCUACGCUAUCAUUACAAACAUCUGCUGCAGCAGAGGACAUGAUUUCAAUGUCAUUGCCAUUCGACCAGUCGCCGCUUACAUUCGAACCCAAACUGUACAUCGAACAGCUGAGGGAAUACUGGAAAGCCGACGGCGGCCACGCUUCUUAUUCUAUAUUAGUCAGAGCGUUUUCUCUAGUCAAUAAUACCCAGAGCAGGAUCAGAAUUGUGGACAUUUUGGUUAACUUGCUGAGGACUUUGAUCGAAGGCAAUCCAGAUAGCUUACUCCCGGCUGUCUGGCUGGCAACAAAUGCUUUUUCACCGCCAUAUAUUCCUCUUGAGCUAGGCCUAGGCGGCUCUGCUAUUUCUAAAGCUUUAAAGAAGGCUUAUGGUCUCGACAAUCUGGGCCUAAAGGUCCUAUACGAUAAAUAUGGGGAUGCAGGGGAUGUCGCCUAUGAAGCAAAAAAGAAACAAACAUUUACGUUGCGACGACCGAAGUCACUAUCUAUCAAAGGAGUUUAUGACACGUUGGUGAAGAUUGCGAACAGUAAAGGGUCUGGCAGCCAGGAAAGUAAACAGAGGUUGGUGGAACAUUUACUUCGAGACGCCAGAGGAGCUGAAGAGAGCCGGUACAUUGUCCGUACUCUCGUUCAGCAUCUACGAAUUGGAGCUGUCAGAACUACCAUGCUUAUUGCGCUAGCUCGCGCCUUUCUCUAUUCUAGACCACCGUCCGCCAGUUUCGACAUUCAUUCUAGAGCCAAUCUUGAAAAGCUCAAAAAAGAGGAACUCACUAGUUUAUAUUCUAGGUCGGAGGAGAUUAUUAAAGCUACUUAUGCCCGGCACCCCAACUACAAUGACCUAAUACCGUGUCUUCUAGAAACUGGAGUGUCGGAAACACUUUUUUCGAAAUGCAGCCUCUCUCUACACAUUCCUUUGUUACCAAUGCUAGGAAGCAUUACGCGCGACCUAACAGAAAUGCUUGUCAAACUGCAGGGUAAAAAGUUCAGUUGCGAGUAUAAAUACGAUGGCCAGCGUGCACAAGUCCAUUGUGACUCGUCUGGAAAGGUGACGCUCUUUUCUCGUCAUUUAGAGUUGAUGACAGAUAAAUACCCUGAUCUUGUUUCGCUGGUCCCGCAAAUUCGAGGUGAUGGCGUAUCCAGUUUCAUCCUUGAGGGAGAAGUUGUAGCUGUGGACCAAGUAUCUGGGGCUUUACUGCCCUUCCAAAUUCUCUCCAAUCGGGCCAAAAAGAAUGUGGAGAUGGCCGAUAUAAGAAUUAAUGUUUGUUUAUUUGCUUUCGAUCUCAUGUAUCUGAACGAUACCUCAUUGCUAGAAAGGACGUUUAGAGAGCGACGGGAACUUCUCCGGAGCCUUUUUGUUGAAAUACCUGGCCAGUUUUCUUGGGUAAAAAGUAUUGAUGCAACCGCUUCAGACUCGGAAACCGUCCUAAAUUUUUUUCAUGAGGCAACAAGUGCUAAGUGUGAAGGUAUUAUGGUGAAAAUACUGGAUGAUGAAAAUGCCAGUGCUGUCGAGCUAACCAACAGUUCAACUAGCGAAAACAUAUCCAAUGUGUCAAAUGCAAAGCAGAAGGCCACAAGAAGGCGUGCUUUACUAUCUACGUAUGAACCAGAUAAGCGCCUUGAAUCAUGGCUUAAGGUAAAGAAGGACUACAGUACAACAUCUGAUACUUUAGAUUUGAUCCCUAUUGCUGGCUGGCAUGGGCAGGGUCGAAAGGCCAAAUGGUGGUCACCUAUCCUCCUUGCUGUGCGAAACCCAGAGAACGGUACACUAGAAGCUGUAACUAAAUGCAUGUCAGGGUUUACAGACAAGUUUUACCAGGAAAAUAAGGACAAAUAUUUGGAGGGAGGCGACAAUAUUGUUUCAAGACCAAGCUAUGUGGACUAUAAAAUGGAACCUGAAGUGUGGUUUGAGCCUCAGGAGGUAUGGGAGAUCGCUUUUGCAGAUAUCACCCUGAGCCCGACGUAUACGGCGGCUAUUGGCCUUGCCAGCGAAGAGCGUGGAUUAAGCCUCCGCUUCCCGAGAUUCCUCCGAGUCCGUGACGAUAAAACGAUCGAGGAGGCCAGCACCUCUAGCUUCCUAGCCGAUCUCUGGAGGAAACAAGUCAUACGCUCACAUACCGAAAAUGAGAAUUUGCCACAGGAGGAGGAUGGAUGA